AUGCAGCGCCAGCCCUUUCCUCCGCCUCAAAAAUCCCCCGAAUUAUUCCACCCUCGCCCUCAGCAUAUCUCUCAAGUUCCUAUGAUGCGAUCCCCUCCUCCUCCCGCCUCGCAGAACUCGUCACAGCCGCCGGUGAAUAGCUAUGGCAACCCCUACCAGUCGCCGCCUGCAGGGGGAGGCGGUGGAGGGGGAGGGUUCGGUCCAAACUUUGGCUUCAUGAGUGAUCCGACAGCCCAGAUGGGCUUUCAAGUAGGCCAGCAUGCCAUGAAGGCUGGACAAGAGUAUAUGGAACAGAACUUGAACCGCUAUAUUUCCGUCUCCGCGCUGAAACACUAUUUCAAUGUCUCAAACUCGUACGUGGUACGGAAACUGCUACUAGUCCUGUUCCCCUGGCGCCACAAGCCGUGGACGCGACAACAAGCUCGAAUGACCACGUCCUCGACGGCUGCAGACGGCACAAUGACCCAACAAUCCUAUUCUUUCAACUACCUUCCGCCCCGCGACGACCUCAAUUCGCCAGAUAUGUACAUCCCAAUCAUGGCAUUGAUCACCUAUAUCCUCCUGUCCACUGUGCUCGCCGGAGUCAGGGGAUCAUUCCAUCCUGAACUGCUGGGCAGCAUCACGAGCACAGCCAUCUUCGUCAUCAUUUUCGAAAUUAUCGUCCUGAAGAUCGCCAUGUACAUGCUGAGCAUUAGUAACGACUCUCAACUCCUGGAUCUGGUGGCUUAUUCGGGCUACAAGUUUGUGGGAGUGAUUGUGACGCUCUUCCUGAGUGAGCUGCUGACCGGCGGGAACGGGACAAAUAACUGGGUGGGCUGGACGUUGUUCCUGUACACCUGGUACGCGAAUGCAUUCUUUCUGCUGAGGUCUCUGAAAUACGUCCUCCUGCCAGAUGCCUCUGGGGAUCCGACCGCCAUGCGAGGCGGAAGUUCAUACACCGUGGCACGCGCACAAAAGAACCGUCGCACGUAUUUCUUGGCGCUGUAUGCUUUUGUGAUCCAGCUGCUGUUUAUGUGGACUCUCAGCCGUGAAGAGGCAGCUGUCAAAACGGUCGCCAGUAGGCUUACUGGACCGAGAGCAUAG